CUUCCGUUAAUAAUAUAACCUUUAGAAUUUAGCACUUGGAAAGAAAUUUAUUGAUUAUGAUACAACUUCAUAACCCAGUUAGUUUCAACGGUUCAUUAACUACGAAAGUUUGGCUUAAACUUUCAAAACUGCUAAAAUUAACUUGUUCAUUAAAUUUAAGUCAUUUAAGUAGGCAAAGUGGGUUAGUGAAUUAAACGGCGUUAAAUAAUAAUAAAGUUAAGACUUUUACUUUUAAGUCUUAAACUUAAAUAAAUACUCUUUUUUAAAAUUAUAAAAGUCGCUAAGUCAAAUCGACCAGUAAAAUGCUGUAAGGUAAGAACUAAUUGAAUUAUAUUACGGUAAAGUCAAGUAUUGUCCUAUUAUAUUGUAAAUAAUAAUUGAUGUUGCCAGGUUAUUGAUAAAUCAGCUUCUAAAGAAAAAAAAAUAAAAUAGUUUAAAAAAGAAUUCCUUAGUUUAAGUUUAAUAUAUUUUCCCCAAAAAUUCUUGAUAAAAAUUGGAUAACCCAGUACUUUUCCCGGAUCCAAAAUUCUUUAAAAUGAUAUAAAUCACACAAUCUAUUUAACAAAGAAUGAAAGAAAUGACAGCAAACGGCAUAUUUUCCCAUCACAUAUGGCAUACUAUAUAUAAUAUGCUAUGUUUUUUUACAUUUUCAAGUGGAAAAAAAAUUGAACAAAAGACAAAAGGGCACAUAUAGCUCUGCAAUAUAAAAAGAAUAAUGAGUAGGCUUUAUUUUCUUACCUUCUCCCGGGUGAAAGUUACAAGUAACCUCCCCCCUUCACCUUGGGAGACAGACAUAGAGACGUGAGUUUUUUAGGUUACAAUACAGUGGAUACCAGGGCACGUCAACAUCAGUGGCAAUGAGAGAGCGGACACUCUGGCGAAAACCGGGGCUGCCCAGCCUCAGCCAGAAGUACCAAUGACUUACUUGGGAAUUAAAAACUGGCUGGCGGACCACUACAGGCAGAAGUGGUAAAAGCAAUAGGCUGACAACACGACCGUCAGAGGCGUCUAUUCAAACUUGCCCACUCCUAGCAAACAAGACCCAUGGUGGGGUUAGGACGCAGAACGCAGAGUUUAGUGACGCAGAUGCGCACCGAGCACUGCCUCUUGCGCACAUAUUUCUGGCGGCUGGAUAAUAACAGGGAUCCUACCUGCCGGCAUUACAGCCUGGCCCCGGAGACCAUAGAGCACCUGUUGACCGAAUGUCCCUCACUAGAUCUCCCGGGGGAAGCUAGGGCGGUUGGAGGACCCUUUGUGAGGAAAAUGUUGUAUGGCUCAGCUCAACAGAUGUCGUUGAUAGCCAAUUUACUAGCCGGGGUCAUAAGAGAGUAAUCUCAGACCCUCACCAGAAUAUGUGUGUUAGUUAGCUCUGCAAUGAUUUUUAACCAGCAGAAAAAUGAUGUAUGCCUAUGCUGUUUAAGAAUUAGGAAUAUGUAAAUAAUAAUAUGCAUGAGAUAAUUAUGAAAUAGAAUUUAAUUUUACCAAUUCUUCAUUACAAAUAACAAGGCUGAAUUAAAAAUAUAUACAUCCAAUCCACAGAUUAAAGUCAUUUAUCAAAGUUUAAAAGCUUAAGUAGAAGGUACUCAAGAAUGGUGGUGCCAAUCACUCAAGGUCGACGAGUUAUUGUGUCUGGAAUGGGGGUCAUUUCUUGUUUAGGUGUGGGAGCACAGUAUGUCUGGGAGCAGCUGUUGGCAGGGAGAUGUGGAAUAACCAACAUUAGAGACCAAAGUUUGUAACAAAUUUACCAUUUAAUAACAUAUAUUUAUAGAUACAUGAAUAACACUAAAAAUAAUGUUUUUUUAAUGGAAUUUAGGGGGGGGGGGAAUUCUUAUACAUUUAAGACAUUUAAAUUCUAUGCAAAUGACAGCAUUAUCAACACAUUUAAUGAAAGUAAAAAAAGAAAAAGUCAUUAAAAAUAAAAAAUGAAAAUAAUUUUCUGUAGGCUUUGAACAGAUACCCAGCAAAGUUGCAGGGCUGGUUCCACAUGGUAUUAAACCAGGAGAGUUCAAUUCAGAUCUUGUGCCAAAAAUUGAUAGUAGAGCUGUCACUCAAAUGACACAGUAUUGUCUAGCAGCUGCAGAGGAGGCUUUAGUAAUGGCUAAAUGGAAGCCUAAACUCGAAGAGGAGAAAGAAAGAACAGGUAUUUCAGUUGCAUUUAUUCGGUUUCAAAGUGAUUGUAACUAUUGCAACCAUUUGUUUUAAUUUAUUGUUCUUGCAUGAACAAAAUCAGAAAAAAACAGUUUAAAAAAAUAAAUGGUCCACUUUUCACAUGUGAUCUUUAUUCUUACUAGUGAAAUACUAGGCAUACCAAGGAAUUAAUUCAAUGAAGCUUUAACUGAGAUAACAAAUUGGGUAAACUUAAACAUCUCAGAAUUGUAAGCUCUUAUUGGUUUGAAAGUUUAAUGUUGUGUGACACAUGAUUAUUACUAAACACUUAGAUUAUUAGAUUAUUUAGACUUAAUUAAGUGGAAUUUAUGUUCAUAAUGUAAUGAAUACUUCCAAGUCCUCCAUAUGUUUUUUUUUGAUGUAUGAAACUUAUUUAACCGUAAUACACAAUGCAACAAAGAAAUAAAGGAAUACAAUAUUUUUGCUCUAUUCAAGGUGUUUGCAUUGGCACAGGAAUGAUUCCCUUGGAAGAAGUUGUCAUUAAUGGGGAGCAACUUAGACAAGGAAACUAUCGCAAAAUUUCUCCAUGGUUCAUUCCCAGAAUACUUGUUAAUAUGGCUGCUGGUCAUGUUAGUCUGGUCUAUGGUUUUCAGGUACAGUCAGCAAAUGGAAAUGGUCUCAUUAAUUGUAUGAUAUUUUUGUAGAUAUCACUAACCAGAUUGCUUUUCCUGAUAUGGUAUUUCAACACUCCCUCUUUAACCAUUCUUGGGAUAAGCACAACAGACAUCAGAUUCAAGUGUCCACCCAGGAUGUACCCCCAUUAUCCAUCCAGGGGCUGACAGCACUAUGAAAUAUUAGUCAUUACUUGUUCACCUGUGACCAGUUAUGCUCUUUUAGUUACUUCAUGCUAGAUACUAGAUAAGCCUUUAUUAGAUAUAUCUUCUUAAGCUUUUACUUGUAUAAUUUUGUAUAAAUUAUAAAUAAAUUUAUUCAUUUAGUUUACUUUGUGUUAUUUUUUUUCUGUGUUUCAAGCUUUAGAUGGGUUAAUUUAUUUAAAAAAUCCAUGAGUGGAAGGUGGGACCGUAAACCCAUAUAUAACCUUACUACUUAUAGUUAGAAGAGGCUUACAUGACAAAAAAUACCUCUUACAUGAGGCCCAACCUGACAAUUAUAGCGGUGACAUAGGAGCCUUUUUUUUUUCCAACACUGCAGUUUACUAAUUUGUUGCCUGCUAUCUUUAAAGCACUAUGUAACAAAUUUUCAGGGUAAUAAUGUUUAACCAUGUAACUUUUCAUAACUAUAACAUUUCAGGGACCAAAUCAUGCUGUCUCUACUGCUUGCACCACUGGACUCCAUGCUAUAGGAGAUGCUUCAAGAUUUAUUCGCAAUGGAGAUGCUGAUGUUAUGGUUGCUGGCGGCUGUGAGGCAUCUGUCACCCCUCUUGGUAUGGCAGGAUUUGCCCGCAUGAGAGCUCUCAGCACCAACUUCAACUCAAGUCCACAGCAAUCAUCCAGGCCAUUUGAUAAAGCCAGAGAUGGAUUUGUCAUGGCAGAGGGCGCUGCAGUGCUCAUACUAGAAGAGCUGGAACAUGCUAGACGGAGGGGUGCUCCCAUCUUUGGUGAGAUUUUGGGAUAUGGGCUAUCUGGUGAUGCUAGUCACGUGACCGCCCCGAGCGAGGAUGGAAGAGGUGCAAGGCGUUGCAUGGAAGCUGCUUUGAGGGAUGCUAAGAUCAGUGUAAAAAAGAUUGGAUAUGUCAAUGCUCAUGCCACUUCCACCCCUCUGGGAGAUGCAGCAGAGAGUAGGGCUUUGUUAGAUGUAUUUAAAGACCAUGCCAGAAACAUUCUGGUUAGCUCCACAAAAGGUGCAACUGGUCAUCUGCUGGGUGCUGCCGGUAGCAUAGAGGCUCUCUUCACAGUUAUGUCAGUUAACACAGGAUUUGUCCCCCCAACGGUCAACCUGGAGACCCCUACGACUGGAUGUGAUUUAAAUUAUGUCAGAGAUUCCAAAGCUGUUUGGGAUGGUAAAAAUAAUCCAAGAAUCGCAUUAACCAACUCGUUUGGAUUUGGAGGGACCAACGCAACAAUCUGUAUUUCUCAAUAUCAGCCUUCAUAAAACUUACUCCCACAUCAAAAAGCAAUGCCACAUUUCUCAUCACUUCUUUACUCAGCCAGUUCUGAUACAUUUUAUACAGUUAAUUAAAUGGCAGGCAAAGUGUCAUAAUCUGAACCUUUAAAAAAUAACCCUACUAUUAUUUUAAAAAAUUAUAUUAUUGUAAUGAGUUCUUCGUGCACAGUGGUGAAAGGAUUUGCAUUUAUGCAAUGAUUUUUUUUAAAUAGUGUUCUGUGUGUGUUUUUACAAUUUUAAUUUUUAUGUACAUAUUUAGGUGUGAUUGUAUUAAUAUGAGUUUGUUAAGAGACUGUAGACUUGUGUAUGGUUUUUUUAAAGUAAGAACUGAUUAAAUAAAUGCUAUUGCAUUAACUAUAUACAUAUUUGUUCAUUUCAUUAGCUUGAUUGAAAUUAUUUUAAAUUUGUGUGUA